AUGCGCCAUGGAGGUGAUUUUACAAGCUUUCCUGGAAGGAAGCAAACAUUUGUUGAUUUACUAGAUAUUGAUCCCUUUUUCGUUCAUGACAUUGAUGAGAUGAUGGAAGACCUAGGGUAUGCUUCAUUAGGUAAACCACUUUACUAUCACUUUCAAAGGCCUUUUGGCGAUUUUGAUUUUGGGUUAUUCGAUUUAGCUAGUGAUGAAGAUGUUCUUUAUUUGGGGAUUUUUGUGGCUAAGCAUAAGUUAAUUGACGAUUUGGGUAAUGAUGCUACUCUCACUGAUCAUAUAGAGAAUGAUUUGGGUAAUGAUGCUACUCUCACUGAUCAUAUGGAGAAUGACUUGGUUAAUGAUGCUAAUGACAUUGGCAAGUUUGGCACACAUGAUGAAGCUUUAGAGGUGAUUAACACUGACUUUUUAGCAUCUAAUUCAUCAUCAGAUGAGGGGAUUAAUGGUCAAAGAAAGAAGUCAAUAAGAGCAAUUCAAAGGGCACAUGAGAAUGAUGAAGCACUUGUUAGUGAACCCUUCUAUAUUUUUCAAAAAUUUGGUUCAACAAAGGAGUUUAAGGAUAAGGUUGAAAGUAGCCCUACUAUUCCAAUUAGGGCUUUGCAAGAACAGCUACAACGGAGGUUUAAGGUAGAUCGUUCUAGGAUGAAAACAUUUAGGGCAAAAUCUGAGGCUCUAAACCUUGUGCAAGGAGAUUUCGUUACUCAGUAUAGUUUACUCAGAGAUUACAUUGUUGAGCUGCAAACUCGUAACCCAGAUACGACUGUUAGGGUUGAUGUUGAAAGCGAAGGAAAUUCACACAGUGAAACUAGGACAUUCAAACGCAUUUACAUAUGCUUAGGAGCUUUAAAGAAAGGGUUCACAGCUGGAAAGAGGGAUUUUCUUGGUUUUGAUGGUGCUUUCAUGAAGGGUCCACUUCCAGGACAAAUUCUUUCAGCCAUGGUAAGUGGCCCUUGGAUGGACCAAUACGCGGUGGAAGUGGUUCAACAAACAUGCUCCUGCAGGAAAUGGGAACUCAAUGGGAUGCCAUGCAAACAUGAUGUUGCUGCUAUAUGGGAGAUGAGAAAGAAUAGUAAGGAUGUUAGAAUACCAGAAACUUAG